UAUUUUAUUUCGACGAUUAAUAAAUAGUCAUUUGACCAUAGAGUCGCGCGACUCUUACCUUAAAUACAUGAUCUGGUGGGCCCCUUUACGCGCUCUAGUGGUGGCCUAUAACAGAGGCAUAUUAAGUGGUCAACGAGUGCUGGGUGUUGUGUAUGAGGAGUUACAGCGCCGCGGUGUUUUAGAAGCUCCCCGCGUAAGAGGCCUUGUCGAUGAAAUCACAUGUAAGUACCAUUAGCUCGAUAAAUCACUGUUGUUGGCGGUUAGCAAUACAGCAGUUAUUUUUACCAUAGGCUAUCGGCAGUUUUACGAUGCGGGGAGUGACGAAGAAGAGGCUCUCGCUGAGGCGACGAGAGCUGCGGAGGAAACGGAUCUAGAGCGUCAAACCGUCCUCUACCAACCGCUGCAUGAGGAGGGGGUAGGGGAAGAGCCUAGAGCGAGCACCUCGGCAGCCCCGGCCGAGCCGAUACCGCAGGAUUUCACCAUAGGCCAUCGGCAGUUUUACGACUCGGUGAGCGACGAAGAAGAAGAAGAGGCUCUCGCUGAGGCGACGAGAGCUGUGGAGGAAGCAAAGCAUCAAACCGCCCUCUACCAACCGCAGUAUGAGGAGAGGGCUGAGGAAGAGCCUAGGGCGAGCACCUCGGCAGCAUCAGCCGAACCGAUACCGCUGCAACCCGAGUCUGAUGACGACGAGGCGUCGACUAUUCUCAACCCCUCCUUGAUGUUUAGCGAUCGGUCUGAUAUACUGGCUGUGUACCGGCAAGCCAGAGCAAACGAUGACGACGGAGCGAUAGCGGGUCCAUCGUAUCACCACCAUCGUCAGCAGGAAGAUGACCUCGUACAGCCCGAGAAUCAGCUGGGGGUGUAUCCGAUGGAUGCUCGACAGGAGGAGGAGGGGGAGCGUCUAAACGAGGAGCGAUUAGAAGCUAGACGCUUCGGCCUAUGGUUUCAAGAGCUGAUGGAGUGUGAUUCAGAUAUACAAGCGGGCGGGGGAAGAAUACGCAAUACACAGGGGAACGAGGCUUUCGGGGAUGUGCAACCCCCGGGAGGGCGGAUCAUCAUCACGGACGAUACAGCCCGUUAUUUCAAACGUUUUCAACUACGUGGUCGGGAGAUAACAUUGCGUAUCCGCCAACCUCACGCUGGCGCAAACGUGACAACAUGGCUUGAAGGAGCAUUCCGCGAUCUUCUGACGCAUCUCACGAGUCACUGUGAGGGUGGUGACUACGCGGGGAUCUCGUUCUCCGCGAGCUGCUUAGCGCACGGCCCCGUCUGGCUUUCAUUCCGUCCUGUCCGCGCCUAUACAUUUGUAGAUAUCUGGCAAUUAAUAACAAACAUAGCUCAAAGUGCAGCGUCUCUGGAUAUUGAUGAUUCUUUCCAUAUAAAAGUAUGUAUCGUUAAAGGUUUGGAGGGUAGGGGGCGAAAAGGUUUGACACACGAGGGCGUUGCUAAAAAAUCAACUUUAACGAUUCGAAAUACCGACAAUCUGUGUCUACCGCGCUCGUUAGUAACAGCACGCGCGUACGCGGAAAGGGGUGAGAUACGCUCGGGGGCUCUGCAUUCUAGAUGGCAGCGUAUACGACAGAUUAACGGGUCGCUUCAAAAAGAGGCGGCGCUUGAGCUCACGAAAAGCGCAAAUGUUGUUAUACAGCCCGCUGGCUGUGGUAUGCGCGAAAUUGCUAUAUACCAGAAUUAUUUGGCUCGCGAGGGGUUAGCUAUCGUGGUUUUCGAGUUUUUGACUUUGGGGCGACGCGAAAGACCGGUGUUUGACGGUACACAGACGGUUAUGGAUACAGUAGGCUCGGUCCGGCACACGUUAUACAUUCUGUAUUAUGAGCGGUCGCAUCAUUUCCAGCCUAUCUUGAAUCUGCGUGGUGCUGUAGGCAGCUUAAACUUCUGCGCAAUCUGUAACGCCCGUUCUCGUCGGGAUCAUAGAUGUUUAAAAAAGAAAUGCCCUCGCUGCCUUCAAGCACCGCCCUGCGCUCUGGGAGCAGCUGCCGCGAUCAGAUGCGAGACAUGUAACCGCGAUUUUUCUGGGGAACAAUGUUCAGAAAAUCACAGGGCUAUUACCAUCCGUCGUAAACACAGGGUAAACACUGUUUGCGAGUCUCUUCAGCGGUGCCGUAACUGCUUUCGCGCGAUAAGACCUUUAGAGAAAAAGACGCAUGUGUGCGGGGAGGGUUUCUGUAAAACGUGUAAAUCGCGGCACCCCUAUAAUCGCCUGUGCUAUACGAGGCCUAUUCGCGUCGAUGAGAGGCCAAAAGAGAACAUAUUCAUAUUCUAUGAUUUUGAAACGCAGCAGUGUACCCCUGUAAAAGGUGAUCCUACAGCGCGCGUUCACGAACCGAAUCUUUGCGUAGCUCAACGUGUCUGCACCAAGUGCUGCGAUAAUGCUUCUAUAGACGAGCCGUGCGAGCAUUGCGGGGAUCACGAGUUUAUAUUUAGGACGAACCCUGUGUGUCAACUUGUGGAGUUAGCCAUACAGAGUAUGCCGGGCUUCUCUCACAUAUUUUUAAUAGCCCAUAACGCCGGUGGUUUCGACGCCCAGUUUAUCCUGCGCUACUUCAUCGAGGAGAAAAAAACGCAGCUCCCGUCUUUAAUAAUGAACGGCACUAAAAUCAUCACAAUGCGCGUUGGCAAACUCGUGUUUCUCGACAGUUUGAACUACUUUCACAUGCCUCUGAGUGCACUGCCUAAAUCUUUCGGUCUAAAAACUGCUCUCGCCAAAGGAUCUUUUCCGCAUCUGUUCAAUAGACCCGAGAAUCAAAAUUAUAUUGGGCCGAUGCCGCCCGCAGCCGAUUACUCUCCCGACACUAUGCGCCCGGAGGAACGCGAGUGUUUUUUUGCAUGGUAUAACGAGUUAAAGAAUGCCUCUUAUGUAUUUAACUUUUCAAACGAGCUCAUAACCUAUUGUAAAAACGACGUUACGAUAUUGAGACAGGCCUGUGUGGUUUUCCGGAAAAUGUUCAAGGACAGCGGACGCGUUUGCCCGUUUAGCGAAAACACAACAAUCGCGUCCGCCUGCUUUCAAAUCUUUCGAAAAUUUUUUUUAAAACCUAACACGAUCUGUAUUAUACCUACGGGUGGUUACAGAUGGGCUCACAAUCAGUCAAAAAAAGCGAUCUCUUGGCUCGUGUGGAUGGAGCAUUCUUUAAAUCGUCGUAUCAUUCACGCAGGACGCUCGCGCGAGUUUAAAUUGCCUCAAAAUUUAUUAGUAGACGGUUACUACGAAACACCUGAUUCAGCCCACGUGUUACAGUUACACGGUUGCUAUUGGCACGGGUGUUUGAACUGUUUCACUGUAAACAGAGACCGUGUACAAAGCGACGGUGAUACAUUGAACGAGCAUCUCGAGAGAACAAACGCUAUAUCGCAGAGAAUCCGCUCAAGCGGCUACACGUUAACCGAGAUUUGGGAGUGCGCUUAG